AUGGCGUCUUCAAGCACAGGUGCUGUCUCGCUGCGCUCGCUGAUCACGUCGGAAUUCGAGCCGCUGUUCGAAGAGCUUGAAGCGGAACGUCGACUGGCGGACGUGUUGCGCGACAAGGCGCACGAGCUGGAUCGACUGUCUCGUCAGCUUUCGGCGAUACUGGCAGAUUUGUAUUCGAGUGAAGCGCGCGAGUUUUCGGCGACGGUUCAGCAGACGGCAGCGGUAUGGGUGGAGGUGCGAAGCAAGAUCGACCAACUGGCAUGCGUGUUGCCAGAGGACGGAUUGUAUCGGUGGUGCGACGAGUAUUCGUUUGCGUUCAAGAACCUCACUUCGACAAUCGCACAGCUGGUUCUGCUAGCAACAGGAGGUCUUGUAACAAAACAACAGGCAUCACACGUGCUCGGUCUCGACAAACACUCGCGCGCCAAGAUCCAGCUCGUCACAGACGUCUAUCUGCACGCGCUCAUCAACGCGAUCAACCAACUCCCCAGAUUGGCACUCAAUAGCGUCACCCUCGGCGACUACUCGACGCCGCUCCGUCUCGCCGAAUUUGUCAAACAGGUGCACUCCGGCUUCCAACUGCUCAACCUCAAAAAUGACUCGCUCAGAAAACGCUUCGACAGCCUAAAGUACGACGUCAAAAACAUCGAAGAAAUCGUUUACGACAUCUCGUUGCGUGGCCUCGUCGUUCGUCCAGACCACGCCACUGACGGCCUGGCGUUCCCCGCAGGUCAACAGCGCCAGCAAGAGUUUGUAGACAGCUUGUGA